AUGAAGUUGCGAAUGAACCUGAAAGAUAUCGAUACGAGGUUGAAAGAUGAAGAGGAACGUCUGAAACAGAAAAUGCAUGCACACGGUGCGAGAAUUCGGCAAUUUGAUGAAGCAGCAAAGAGACGCCAACAACAAUCAGCCUUCGCUUUCGACCAAAAGAAAUUGUAUAGCCAGCUGCAGAAUGGCAAUUUCCGAGUUCCGAGUCCAUGAUUCACUAGCUGCGCCGCCGUCAGCGCCACCAUCGCCGCCAGCGCCAGCAACGCCCGCAUCACCGCCGUCAGCCUAGUGCGCACGCCCGUCUCUUCCUUCACUGAACGAGAGCGGGAAGCGAAACACACCGCAGAGAAAACUGAAAAUACAGUUGGACACACGUGGUCGUGCGACGAUGAACGCUGUGUGUGUGUCUCGUAUGUUGUGAAUUCAAGACGGAAUACUCCGAACGUAAAAGAAGCGAAAAUUGGACGAGUGAAGAGAAGGUACGUAGAUCUUAUUAAGCUGCAAUUGGAACUAGUUUCCCAGUUCCUUCGUAUAUUAAGUAGAAAGGAAAAUUCCACAUCUGUUAAUAAAGCGAAGGCUCAAGCGUGGAAAGAUCUAACCAAUAAGUACGUUAAAGAAGCGGAUCCUGAUAAUGUAGAACACCUAUUGGAUGAUGGAAACUUGUAUAACGUGCAAUUUGACCUAAGGAAGGCGACCUUUCAGGUGCAGAAAGACUACAGGCGGAAGAAAGAUAACAGGCUGGCAGAGUUGCCAGAAAACUGCAGUUCAUAGAUAAACAGUUCAAAAACAUGCGUGAGCAACACAAAGUUGUCAUGCAACAUAAGGAAAUAUUGUUGAGGUUAUUGAAGGAAGCAGCGAAUAAAAAAAUAAACAAUUUUCAGAAGUUUUUAUUCAGUAGUACUUAAUUUAAUCAUUUUGACUGGUUUGAAGUUUUUUUACGAGAGAAGCUGUGAAAAUCUUCAAAAAGACACUGAGAAGGGUCCGCACUCCACAGCAGUGUGAGUUUAUU